AUGGCCGACACCCGUCGCCAAACAACCACUCGCGGGUCCGCCUCUACGACCGGCACCGCCUCGGGUUCUACCGCAGCAGGGCCCUUCACCAGUGUAGCCACACCCUCGGGCAACACCCGCACGCCCCGUGCCUCGCGCGCCGUCGUCGCCGCCGCCUCCUCCGCCUUGAGCCUUCCCGGCCCUCCCCCGCUCCCCACCACCGCCGCCACAACUGCACGCACCCGCGCAACCACCACCCCUCGGCCGAGCGCACCUCCGCCUCCGCCCUCGCAGCUCGUCCGCACGCCGGGCAACCUCCGCACCCAGAAGCGCCUCGCGCGCGACGCACCCUGGCGGCCGAGCCUCAUCGGCGGCGACUCGGACGCGGCGCGCAAGCUCGCAGAGCGGCGGGAGCUCGUGCGCGGGCCGGUCAACGCGGCGCUCGAGGAGCUGCUCAUGGUCGGGCGGGACGAGGGCGGCGAGGACAACGGCCAGUGGGCCGUGGGCGACGACGCGAGGACCGCUGUGCAGGCCUUCCAGGCCCUCAAGACCGCGUACCUGUCGCCGCAAGAGUUCCUCGACGCCUCGUCCCUCCAGCACGUCGUCCCGCACGAGAUCGCCAACCCCAAGUCGCCGACCAACACGCUCAUCCGCCUGUCGAACCUGACGACGUUCCUCAACCUCAUCCUCACAUCAGCCCCGGACCAGUCGGGCGUCGCCGACCGCACCGCCGUCGUCAAGCUCAAGACGGCCGGCGACGCAUUCCUGCGCCACGUCCUGCCCGAGGACAUGCGCGUCGACGACCAGGUCGUCAAGCUCAUCAUCGACAUCAAGUGCCAGGUCUUCCUCCUCGCGUCGUCCCUCUCGCGCGCUCCCCUCGACAGCAUGCCCUUCUUCUCUUCAACCCUCAGCCAGCUCCUCCCGGCCUCGCGCGCGUACCACCUCACCGACCGCGGCGCCACCGCGCGCUUCCUCGUGCUCCAGUCGCAGGCGCUCGACCAGAUCUGGCACACGGGCAACGACUGGGUCGUGCUCCGCACCAAGUGGAGGUGGGACGACCUCGCGCGCGACGCGCGAGACUGGGUCGAGCGCUGCGUGACGCAGAGCGGGCUCGGCGUCGGGCCGGGCGCAGGCCUGUCGGUGGGCGAGAGCUCGCCGUCGAGCUCGCCGGUCGGGCAGGGCAUGGACGUCGAGCGGGCGUUGCGGAACGAGACCGAGGAUGAGGAGGAAGUGCCGAGCCCGCCACGGGCGCAGGACAAGGGCAAGGGUCGAGCGGUUGUCGAGGAGCAGGAGGACGAGGACGACGAUUCGGCGCGCGAGGGCGAGGAGGGCAGCAGAGUCGACGAGUCGGUCAAUGCGGAGCGUUACGACGGCUCGGAGGUGCGGGACGACGACACGGGCGGCGAGUCGCUCGAUGAUGGGGACCAGGCCGGUUCUCUCGACCUCGACACCGACUUGUCGACCGAUCAAGGUGGUCGACGUCACGCGCCCACCGCCUCGAUCCGCUCGUCAUCCCCCUCGUCGUCCUCGUCCGACGCCGACGAGGUCGCUCGAGCCCUUGUCGCGAGCGCCUCGCCAACCGGCGCACGCUCGUCGACCCGGUCUGGCGGCUCAUCGUCGGGUCCGCAAGCUGUCGACGGUACCGGGCAGGUCGACAAGGUGCAGGAGACGCUGUCGCAAUCCGACCUCGUCAUGCGCACCGACUCGCUCUUCGCCCUCGGCACGUUCGGCAAAGCCGAGAGCGCCGCCGUCGAGACGACCCACGUCCAGGAGAGCCUCGCCGUCACCAACCCCGAGUCGGACCGCGCCGACGACCUGCUCGACCUGCUCGGCGAGUCGCUCCCCGACGACGAGGACGACGCGUUGGCCGAGGAGAGCGCUUCGGUCGCUCCGUCGAUGCAGCAGGACGUCGAGAGCGACGUCAUGGGCGCAGAGCCGGCGCAGCAGCAGCAGCCGCGGCCGCAGCAGGCGACCGCGGGCCACAUCCGCUUCGACUCGGGCAAUCGGCUCGUCCGAGACCCGGCGCCCAAGCUGUCUCGGCCGGCGUUCCUCGAGCGGCAACCCGACGCGCGCAAGAUCAACUUUGACGACUCGCAGUCGCAGGACGCUGGCCCGGCGCCGCGCUCGUCCGCCGCCCAGCAGUACGCCCCGUCACCUGAGGCGGCGCGCGCCCCAGGUCGGCGCCGUCGAUCGGCGAGCGCGUCGGGCGACGAGCCAGACGAGCGGUUCUCGCCCGUCGCCGGGCCGUCACGCGCAGCGGCGGCCGCGCAGGGCGUCGAGAUGGAGCCGUACCUCGAGCAGGAGUUCGGCGGCGGGUACGACGAUGACGACGAGGCCGGCGAGUUGCCCGUUCAGGGCGAGGGUCCGCUGUUUCGGCGCGCGCCGAGCGACGACCGCUCGACUGCCGGGUUCGCCAUCGACGACGACUUUCCUUCCGCUCGCCAAGCCUCGUCGGUCGACAAGCGCACCAAGGCUGUCUCGCGCGACGGCAAGGGCAAGGGCAAGUCGCACGGCGCCGUCGUCGACCGCGAGGACUCGUCGCUGCCUCGGCCCUCGCUCCAGGCCCGACUCGCCGCCUACCCGCCGUCGCAGCACACGGCACGCACCUCUCGCGACGACGCCGAGCCGUCGCGCUCGAGCAAGUCGCAGCGUCGCUCGCCGCCUCGCGCAUCCGGCUACAAGCCGCCGCCGACUCAGCUCUCGUCGGACGACCAGGGCCCGAGCGGCAGCGACGACAGCGGCAGCAGCAGCGACGACAGCGUCGACAUCCCGGUCCCGUCUCGGUCCGGCAAGGGCAAGAAGCGCGCCGUCGAUACCGCCUCGGACGACGACAGCAGCGACGAGUCGAGCCCGCCGGCGCGCAAAAAGUCGCACAACAAGCACGCGUCGCGCACCCGCUCGCCGUCGCCGCCCCUGCCCCUCGGCGCCGCCGGCAACAACUACUUCCAGGGCCGCAACCUGCCCGGGCUGCGCGUCGCGUGGACGAGGGACGAGACGGACCUGCUCGUCAAGCUCCUGCGCGAGGUCGGGUGCGACUGGGCGCGCAUGAUCAAGCUCCAUGGGCCCAAGGGCACGCGCACCAAGACGUUCCGCCACCGCACCAACGUCGCCCUCAAGGACAAGGCGGUCAACCUCAAGAUGGGCUACAUGCGCCGGGGCGCGCCCGUCCCGCCCGAGUUCCAGCACGUAACAAUGCCGAGGACCAAGAUGCCCAAGUUGCCGGCCGAGCGGGCGCCGGCCAACGAGACGGACGAGGAGUCGAGCUAGUCGAGCGAGUGCAACCGUGUCUUGAUU